UUCAGUCAUGGCUUUGUUGUGUGAUGUUGGGAUGUAGAUGGAGAGGUUUUUGCGGGCAUCAGGUACCGUUGUGGCAAGUUGCUUUGCUCCGAUCACAUUCUCUCCUUGUCCAGUGGUGGUUUUUCGGCUCAACUCUAACGGUUCUCAGAGCCUGGUGGGGAUGGGAUCUGUACUGUCAGCUGACCCAAACCGAGUUGUUGUCAAGCGCAUCGUUUUGAGUGGGUACCCAUUCAAAGUAUACAAAAGGAGUGUUGUCGUCCGCUUCAUGUUCUUCAACAGGGAGGAUGCGGAAUGGUUCAAGCCAGUGGAGCUCCACUCUAAAUAUGGAAGACGUGGACACAUCAAAGAACCUCUAGGUACACAUGGGCUGAUGAAGUGCAACUUUGACGGCCGAGUAAAGUCUCAGGAUACAAUCCUCAUGAACCUGUACAAGCGGGUCUUUCCCAAAUGGACCUACGAUCCUUUUGUGCCAUCCACAGCACAGCGCCAGCACUGUCUAACUAAUGUGGAG